GGCUCGUGCUCGGAGGGUUCGCGGGAAACGUCUCAAAACAAAUCGGUUCUGGUGGACGCGCGAGCAACUUCUGAAAGAGUUUGAACUGAUCAAUCAGCGAAACUCAUCGAUCAGAUCAAUAGUAGCGUCCCCUGUUGUAACUGACGGUCACAGCUCGCAACAACUGAACAUUAGUCUGAGAGCGAGCGAGCUGGUAACAGCGGCUAGCUGCUGCGUUAGCUCGGGCUAACGCGACACUGUCAGCGGCUGCUAAUCAGCUAGCACCGAGUAGCUCUCUAGCGGUACAGAGAGACCGCCGUUAGCCGAGACUGACGUGCGGCCGGCGGCGAACACACGGCGUGGAACACACCUCGGACGGGGUUUGAGGACUCGGUGAACAAGUGAGAUGGCAGAGAGGCCAGAAGACCUGAACCUUCCCAACGCGGUCAUCACCCGCAUCAUCAAGGAGGCGCUUCCAGAUGGGGUGAACGUGUCGAAAGAAGCACGGAGAGCCAUAUCCCAAGCUGCCAGCGUGUUUGUGUUGUACGCAACGUCGUGUGCAAACAACUUUGCCAUGAAAGCCAAGCGGAAAACUCUGAACGCAGGAGACGUUCUGGCUGCGAUGGAGGAGAUGGAGUUUGAACGGUUCCUGGAGCCUCUGAGAGAAGCUUUGGAGGUGUACAAGAAGGGCCAGAAAGGAAAGAAGGAGGUGUCGGAGCAGAAGCGCAAAGAUAAAGAGAAGAAGACCGACUCUGAGAAUGAUAAGAGCAGGGAGGAGGAAGAGGAGGAGGAGGAGGAGCGCAUGGAGGAGGAGCCAGAAGCUGAGAACGAAGCAGAGGAGGAGGAGGUGGAGAACUGAUUAAGCUCUGAUGACUGAUGAAUGAAAUGCACUCCCAUCGCCUCGUCUGAGGUCAUUGCCGGCUGGACGCGAUGCGUUUCGGUGACGCUCGGUCAUCACACCACCAUGAAUCAGGUCAUCCAGGUUUACAGAGCAGCAGCGCCGGUGAGGUGCAGCUGCUGCUUUCCAACCCGCCAACGAACGAGUGCAGCUCCAUCAUGCACCUCCCUUCUUUUUUCUUGUUUUUUUUUUAAAAUAAUUUUUGAUACAAACACUGUUCUGUUUUUUCUCCAACAUUUCUUGACAGUAAAUAAUAUUCAGUAGUUAGUGUUCAUUGACAGGAAGUGAAAUACAGAGACACUGAUUCUGACUGAUCUGUCCUCAUUGAGCAUACAUGCAGUAGUUUACCACUGGAGGGAGUGAGAACACAGGCAGCAAUCUGACCAGAGACCAGUUAUUAAAAAGGCUUUGAAACGUUUGAAAAGAAGCACACUUACAGUCCCUGUGACGUUUAUAAAAACCCUUUUUUUUAUUUAACACCAGAAUUUUCAAAUGUUAAGCGUCGUCUAAACACAAGAAGAGCUUGAAUGGAGUCUGAGAUCAGAAACGUUCAGAUUUAAAGCAGGAAGCUCUUGAAGGAAACUUGAUGCUACGAAAUCACACGAUAGUUAAGAUUUGAGGAUCAUGGUUGAGUUUGUGGAUUGUUCUGAAACCUCUGUGCUUCUUCCUGUGACACACAUAAUAUUUGACAAAAUACUAGAAACAAAUACCAGACGUGUAACGACUGGAUGUGAGAAACACUGUGUUGGACGCGUCAUCCUCUCAGAUCAGAUUUCACACCUAAAAAGACUCUGAUGGCUGUAACGAACUGUUGGACCACAUGACUUCAUACCCAGUAAAACAAAGCUGCCAGAGCUCGUAGGCCUUUUUGUUCCUUAUCUGCUGAGUUUUUGAACCAUUUAUACUUUUGUAGAAUUGUAUAUUACUGGCUGAGAUUUUCAAUAAAUAUUUUGUAU